AUGAGCAUCUUUGUUUCACCAAUUGUAUUUCCUUUGGCUUUCUCUAUUAAUGGUAAGGAGUUAGAAUCAAGAGCUGAAAGUAAUUAACAUAACCUUUUUGUAAAUGAAGUUACACUUCACAAAACCCCCUAGCAAGGCAUUUUCUGUUUAAUUUCUCUCUCUCCAAGCACGGAAAAUAAAAUCAGAUUCCUGGGAUAUGAGGGGAUGUAGGAGUUUUAGAAAUUUUAUGACCCAGCACAUGAUGUAGGCCAUGUGAAGCCAUCCCCAGCUGUUAUUUUUCCUUCUUCAAGGGGAGAGUACAGGUACAUGAAGAUGGAAGAUGUAUUAGGCUAUGCAUUAAGACAAACAAUUGGGGACAAAAUUAUUUGAGACAGUUUGUCCUCGGGGCCUUUCUAACAUCUUGCCAACUUCAAAAAGAGAAAAUAAAUAAUGAUUUAGAGAUUAAGAGGUAGCACAUCUACAUAGUAGUUCUUCGUCUACCUGAUUCCUGGUCGAAUUGGAAUUUGAAAAUGUUUGUUUUUUAAGAGAGAGGAAAACCGGAGUACCCGGAGAAAAACCUCUCGAGCAAAGGAGAGAAACAACAACAAACUCAACCCACAUGGCAUUGAUGCCAGGAUUUGAACCUGGGCCACAUUGGUGGGAGGCGAGUGCUCUCACCACUGCGCCACCCUUGCUCCCCUAAAAUAAAGCUUUCCCUCCCUACCCCCCCCAUGCAAUGUUGUGCCACUGUUCAAGUUACAUGUACCUGUACAAAACAACAAAUACCCCAACUUUGAAUGGAGAGGAGAGGGAAGGGGUGUGAACUUUUUUGUUCUUGAAAGUUACCCAUUGUAGCAAUUUUGUCACUGCAUUUGCAAUAAUUAAAGUUGAUUGUGGCAAGUCACAAUGUUGUACUUAAAUAUUGACCAACAAAUUUGAAAGACACAUUGCAUUGUCAUGAUUUUAACUUUCAUUUCAUUUGAUGGUUUCCAGCUGACUUCCAAAGGCGUGAAAGAGUUCUUGAAGACUUAGCACAAUUCAAGGGUGCUCUAGUCAUACUUUUCUUCUGUCACAGGGACUGGCUUCAAGCUUCAGGUAACUUG